AACACGUGGCCGCAACGUCACAUGGAAAUCAGCACCUCGGACAGCGGCUUCUGCCAACGCGCAGCAAAACGGUGAAGCUUUUUUCCUUUACCGAUAGGAGGAAGGAAUAAUCAUAAGAAAAUGAGUGGACAACAACAAUAUAGAUGAACACAUCUGUGUUUCAAUUCGGCUAGCAUGCAUUUCCAUGGCAGGAUCCUCCAGUUCUCAGAUUUCGAUGGAGGCACGUCUGCUGUCAGAAGCAAGUAUUUCAGCGCAACCAUGUAAAUUAGCGUCUUAUUGUUAUUAAUUGAACUGGUGUAAUUAGUUAUUGGUAGUAAACGAACCCGUUAUUUGAUGUCAAAGUUUAACUGGCAUAGCGAAGUAAUCGUUUUGCUUCGUUCGCCUAUUCUGGGGGGUUCUUCCCUGGCAUCUUCGUUCUUCCUGGUUUGUGUUGUGCAGGAAUGAUUGCAGAAAGAAUAAAAAAGCAGCAUGGAAAUUCAAUGGCAAAGUGAUGUGCGUUUUUCUACACAUUUUUGGUGUCUCGUCCGAUCCUGUUUAAAAUGUAAACACGUUGGAUAGUAGUGUCUCUCGGACUUGUGUGGAGGGGGAACAGUGUGGACGUAACCUAUUCUCUAUCUAUCAGCCAGAAUAAACACGGUAAGGAAACUGGGGAAGAGAAAAACACGGUGAUCUGAUGGCUAGCAUGCCAUUGAGGGACAAACAAGAGAGAUGAUUGCCAUCUCGUUUUAAUUUCAACUGGCCUUUUUUUGUAUGGACUAAACAGCUGAAAGCAACACCCAAAAAUGACUCGGUGGAAUUACUCAUGCCAUAGCAUUAAUAAAAUGUUAUAUUAUACCUGAGACUCCAAAGCUCCUCCUGCAAUAGAAUAUCACAUUUUCGCUCAGAACCAUGUUAAAGGUUCCCCUUAAAUACAGCUCCCGUUAAAUUCAAGCUUUGGCAUUGUCCCAUGAGUGACUGGGUCGAAAAUGAACGUGAGGGGAUUUCGUUUGAUCUUAUUGCUGUUUGGAGAUGGUAAUCGCUCACACUGAAAGCCAUCGUGAUGAUUUUAUAUUGGCAUCCGUUGACUCCCGAAAGAAACAGUCUCUGCCCAUCCAUUAAAAAACUUCCGCAUUGGCUAUCAUAGGCUACACCUGGUAACAGAGAAAAUGUAUCAUGGCGAGAUACAAUCUAUUUACAUUGUCAUAUUUGGAUUUCUAUUGACCAAGAUUUGUGCCCGGCAGCCAUACUUUUUAUAGACACCUCUGAUAUUUUGUUUUGAUACCAUAGCCAAUAGCUAGAGAAGGCUACUUGAACCAAAUAGGCUCGCACUUGGCAACAAUAAUAAUAAUACUAACAAAGCCACUUUUGGCUCCCAAAUCAUGCAAAGUAAAUGCCUGAUUCAUCAAACUCCCUUUAUUGAUACCUUCUAUUUAACCCUACAGCUGCAUUGUGCCUAUGUGGGCUAGUUCAUGAUGUUUAAGUACCGGAUCCGUAUGUUUUUCAAUGAACUGAAAGUGCUGGUUUUCAUGCGGUCUGACUCAAGACGGGGGACCGAUUCAGACACAGACGGACAGACGAGCAGCAUGCGAGGGCUCGGGGUAGGAGGCUGCGGGUGGCCACGCUUCGACUGCUCUACGCGGGACGAUGAGGAGGAGUACUAUGGCACCGAUCCCCGGCCGCGCAGCCUGGCAUUCGAGGAGAAGGAUCCGAAGCUCCAAGCAGGCCUGGACGCUGUGUCGCUCACAAGCAGCUUGGACAGUGGCAUGCGCUCGCCGCAGUGCCGGAUCUGUUUCCAGGGCCCCGAACAGGGGGAGUUGCUGAGCCCGUGUCGCUGUGACGGCUCUGUGCGCUGUACUCACCAGCCCUGCCUCAUCCGCUGGAUCAGCGAGAGAGGCUCCUGGAGUUGUGAGCUCUGCUACUUCAAGUACCAGGUCCUGGCCAUCAGCACCAAGAACCCACUGCAGUGGCAAGCCAUCUCUCUGACGGUGAUAGAGAAGGUGCAGAUAGCAGCCAUCAUCCUGGGUUCUCUGUUCCUUAUCGCCAGCAUCUCCUGGCUGGUGUGGUCGUCCCUCAGCCCUUCGGCCAAGUGGCAGCGCCAGGACCUGCUCUUCCAGAUCUGCUAUGGCAUGUACGGCUUCAUGGACAUUGUGUGCAUAGGUCUUAUAAUUCAUGAGGGAUCGUCUGUAUACCGGAUCUUUAAGCGCUGGCAGGCGGUGAACCAGCAGUGGAAAGUACUGAACUAUGAGAAAGACAAGGACCUGGGCGACCCCGUCAGCUCCAGCGGCAAGGGUGGGGGGCGUGGGGGUCGAAACCCUCCCCACAGUUCAGCCGGGGCAGACAGGGGAGGCCGGGCAGGCCAGCGUGUUAGGACUAUUCUCAACCACCACUGCGGCUACACCAUCCUGCACAUCCUCAGCCAGCUGAGGCCCAAUGAUGCACGCAUCAGCGCCACGACCAACCGUGAGGUGGUCAUGAGGGUCACCACCGUAUGAGACCGGACUCUGCAGGUGGGAGGGAUUUGGACAACAGCCAACAACCACCCAGAUCCAGCUCCUUAACCC